AUGGAGAACGGUCGGGCCUACCAUGCUUUCAAGGCAGGAUGCAAGUAUCCCUGUGCCCGUGCAAGGACCGAAAGGUCCUAUAUCCUCCCCAACGAUGAGCUUUACAUCUGCCCCGCCGGCAAGGGUAGCCACCAGAUUCAUCGCUGCCUGGAUGCUGGAUGUGGAACGGGCAUCUGGGCCAUGGACUUUGCCGACGAGCACCCAGAAGCACAUGUGAUCGGGGUCGACCUUAGCCCCAUCCAGCCAUCAUUUGUGCCCCCAAACGUCACUUUCUAUGUUGACGAUCUCGAGGCGGAAUGGACAUACAACCAGCCCUUCGAUUUUGUUUAUACGCGUAUGAUGUCGGCCUCAAUCGCGGACUGGCCAAAGCUGUUCGGGCAGGUUUUCGAGAACCUCUCUCCUGGAGGCUGGAUCGAGCUCCUCGACCCGGUUUCACCGAUAUACUGUGACGAUGGGACGCUCCCCAAGGACAGUGCGAUUUACCGGUGGAGCAACCUCCUGGCUGAGGCGGCCGCCAAGUUGGGCAGCCGGCUGGACUCGGGUCUGACUUAUAAGGACCAACUUCUCGACGCUGGCUUCACGAACGUGGUACAGACCACGUACAAGUGGCCGAUUAACGCCUGGCCCAAGGACCCAAAGCAUAAAGAGCUCGGCGCCUGGAGCUACGAAAAUACCAUGCAGGCUCUCCAGGCAAUCAGCUUGGCUCUUUUCACCCGCGCUCUGAACUGGACUGUCGAUGAGCUCGAGUUAUUCCUAGUCGAAGUCCGCAAGGACCUGCGGAAUUAG